ACCAAUCAGAGCAUGCACGCCAGGGACGACCUGCUCACCCAUUAGGCCCCCAAAAAUUAAAAAAACACCAUCUAUUGCUACCAUUCCACCACUCGCUAAAUUCUGCAUUUCCAAUAUAGAUUAUUAAAACAAUCAUGUCUGUACAUUUUUUCAUUCCCAUUGUUCAACAUCAACUUCUAAUUUUAUCUAUUUUUCCAGAUGGGGCGUGUGGAAAAUUCCACCGGAAAUUACGCCCAAACAAUCAAUGCGACUGUCGUAGAAUUUUAUUUUCCUCAGAAAAAUUAUUUAUAGCUUUUCGUGUGUUGUUGAAGUUUUGGUAGAAUUGAGGAAUAGUUUGAGCAAUUGAUUUGAGCUUUUGCGAGGGCCUAUAGAAAUUUGGACAGUUUGACUGACCGGCAGUGCUUGUGCCAGCCCUGAUAAACCGAUCGAUGAAUGUGAAUAGCGAGAAGCAUGAUAUUUUUCACUUGGCAAAACUAACGCUAGAGAGCGGUUGUAUUUCAGUGUCUAGCCAAUGAGAUGUUCCAAAAUAUUAGUGAUGAAAAAAUUGGGCCAAUCGGUGACAAGCCCGCUCUAUUUCGUGGCGUCACUUCCCUGGCGGUGGUGUUUUUACGAGAAAAUCAAUAGAGCGUGGGUUUACGUCCCGCGCGAUUUGCCAAAUCUGGGAGAGACAAUUCCCCUCGCUCAUAACCAUUUAUUAUUCUGAAAAUGAGAUUUUUUUUUUUCAAAUUAUAUCAGUCUCUUGAAUGUAAAUUUUUGGAAAUUAUUUAUCGGGAAUUACUUCCGCUCGCUACGUCCGUCAAGGCUAAUAAUACUGAUAUGAGCGUCCUUUCUAUUUUUAGUCGCCCUCGAACUUAAAAAAUAAUGCAACCGUUUUAGUCUAAACCAGCUUUCAUUAAAACGUAAUUUCGGCCCUAAAAUGAUUUUUUUGAAACCGGGUUCUACAGCUGAGCAGAUGCACCAUAUGGCCAAGAUUCAUCAAAUUUUGUGGAGAAAAAAAAAUAUGAAAGCCCAACGGGGACGCAUUUCAGAGCAGUAAGUCAUAGCUCAAUUUUUUCAGCGUACAAAUGUUUAAAUUUUUGGUUAACAAGAGAUACACUAUUUUAUUUUCCAUCUAAUCUCAUCUAUGAAGAGCCCACGGAAAGAUCUCAAAUUCCAAGAUGUUUGGAGGGUUUGCAAUAAAAUACGUGCAGCAGUUUUCCGCAUUGGUCUGAACCUUUGGGAUUACUUCAGACCCCUAGACCCCAACAACAAUGGCCUCAUCUCAGGUAUACAGAGCCUGAAUUUUCCCGGGUCGAUCAUUUUCUGUGAUUUUCCGUUGAAACUCAACAUUUCAGAAACAAAAUUUAUUGCGGUUUUCACGGGACCUCUACGCCACUGCGUGGGCCUGUCCGACGCAGAGAUUACCGAUUUAGCUGAUUAUUUUAGCAUUCAAGAUGGCAGGAUAAUCUAUCGGCAAUUGUGCCAAAUUAUUCAUGACAGCGUCCCCGAGUUCACGGGGAAGCCCAUGAUAACUGGAUUGGAGUGGGAGGAACCCCUGGCUGUCAAUCGGUUGAGCUGCUCCGAGCACCGAAAAUUGAAUCUCAUCAUAACUCAGAUUUCUCUCAACGUCAGAAAAAGAAUGCUAGUUCUUAGACCGUAUUUUCAGGAUUAUGAACUAAUAUCGAAAAAUACAGGGAGUGUAACAACAGCUCAUUUUGGAAGAAUUUUGCAUUUUUUGGGGAUAGUUCUAGCAUCAGAAGAAUUCAAUCUCUUGGUGAAGCGAUUCGCUAUAGAUGGUUACACGCUCAAUUACAUUGCAUUUCUUAAAGCAAUCGAUGAUGCACAAAAUUACAUGGAUGAUCACGGAAUGCUGCACGUGUCUGGGGAAUUGUUGGAUCAAUUUCCUGGGCGGAUUAUUACAGCAGAAUUGCCGAAGCUCCCUCGGCCAGAAGUGGGAAGAGUGUCGGCAAGUGAAGCAUUUGGAAAGCAAUCGGUAUUUCAUCCGGGAUUGAAACGAUCGAGGGAGCCAAUGCGUUUAAUUGAAAUUAUCGAGCGAAUCCAGCAGCAUGUCCUGCAACGACGAUUGCGUAUACGCACAUUCCUCGAGCCGUUUGAUGAAAUGAAUGUGGGCCGAAUUACCCCAUCUCAAUUCCGAAGAGGACUCGACUCCCUUCAAGUUUCAUCUUUAGGUCACUUGUAUCUCGCAGAACAUGAAAUAGAAGAGCUAGUAACAUUCUAUAUGGACCCUAAUGACACAAAACGAGUCAUGUGGAGAGUGUUCGAGGAUGAUAUUAAUCAUGUGUUCACUGUAAAGGAAUUGGACAAAUAUCCGUGUUUGAAGAUCGAUCCACCACCUCCCCAGGUAAGAGAUCUGGGGAAAGUCGGUCAGAAAGAGUGGCAGGAUGUUGGGAAGAGUAUGAGAGAAAUGUGCGAAGAGACUCUACAAAAAGUUCGAUACAGGGUUGAUGAGAGAGGCAUUUUAAUGAAGCAGUUCUUCAAGGAUUAUGAUCGAUUGAAUCACGGACACGUGUCGCGGAGUCAAUUGAGGCACAUUCUCACCACAGCAACUGUUCUUUUGUCUCAAAAGGAAAUUUUCGCUUUAGAGCAGAGAUAUAACGACGAGAUGGGGUUCAAUUAUGCCCGAUUUCUUCGAGAACUCGAAGCUCUACCAGUAACGAGACCGCUUUACGAAGAAUUGGUUAGAGAGAAACACCUUUUAAAUGCAGUGAAACCAUUACCAAUUCCUUGUCGAGAUGAAAAGGAUAUAAUCCUGGUUAUAGGAAAAAUUAAAGCUAAAAUCGUUCGAGAAAGAGUUAAAGUAACUGAAUUUCUACGUGGUUUCGAUCCCCGGAACGAACUUGUUAUAUCCCGAAGUGAUUUCGUAAGGGGUAUGGAUCAGAUUCGCUGUAAUCUCACACCCACUGAAAUAGAAACCCUAAUGGAUGUGUUUAAAGCCCCGUUGAGAGCUGAUUGCGUGGACUACGAGAGAUUCGGCAAUGCUGUCGAAGAAGCCGUCACCAUUGGAGCUCUGGAGAAGUCCCCACUGUUGGUGCCUGUGCAGCAUGUCCCCUCUGAGGCCACUCUGAAAACGUUUUUAAAUUAUGAGGAACGACAGACGAUCGUGCAGGCCAUGGACAAGCUUGCGCGAAUUCGAAAUCACAACUUGGAAGACGUUUUCAAGGACUUUGAUAAGGAAAAUAUUGGAACAGUCACAAAGGACCAAAUGACAAAGGCCCUCUCGGUCCGGAAAUUGUUGGAAUUAUUAACUACGAAGGAAGUGGACACCCUUCACAAAUGUUUUUCCAUCGAAAGGGGAAGACGUCUCGAGCUCGAUUACAGAGCUUUUCUGCGAGCUCUCGAACUCAUUCAAGGGAAUAAAAAGACGCUACGAUUUUAAAAUUAUGUAAACUGCAAAUUUCAAUUUUUCCGACAUCAGUGCUAUCGAUCGCGCCAAUCACAUUCUGCCCAUUACAACGUGCAGAUCUAUUUCUAGAAAAACAUGACACGUGACUGUUAUGCACAUAUCAUAAUUGCCAACACGCGCCUAAUGAGCGUUCCUAUUAUUUAUUUAUUGAUAGAAAAAUUUUUUGAGUGUCAUCAAUAUUGCCGAUGGAGUGAUGGAAGAGAUGGAGCAGACGGAAGAUCGACCUUUUUCAUAAUUUCGUGUAAACAUGUAGAAUGGGGCAAAAUGAAUAAUGCACUUUAUAUUUUAAAUGUCUCCUAUUCUUAUGUUAUUUUAAUA